AUGCAGGGCGUGCGGGCCCGCCUCGCCGCGCUCGUGGUGCAGCGGCUUCGCGGCCUGCCACCAGGUGGCGCAAAGAAGCGCGUUGUCGACAAAGGCCCGGCAAAAGUCGGCGAGCUCAGCGCAACGGCUGCCACGGGCGUGGCCAUCCGCAAGGGCGAGUCCGACCCCCCCAUCCUGCCAGACGACCAGUACCCCGACUGGCUGUUCGGCCUCAUGACGCCGGAGCCCAGCACGGCGGAGCUGCAGCGGCUGUACGAGCAGGACGGCCUCACGCUGCCGCAGAUGAAGCGGCUGUUCCGCUACAAGAACAAGCAGCGGAUACGGGAGAACAACGAGGCACGAGCAAAGAAGUAG